AUAUUUUGGUAGCAGGUCUGAGUUACAAGGCAAGCCAUUAUUUUGAAAGCAGGUCUCAGUUACAAGGCAAGCCAUUAUUUUGGUAGCAUGUCUAAGUUACAAGGCAAGCCAUCAUAUUUUGUUAGCUUGUCUGAGUUGCAAGGCAAGCAAUCAUAUUUUGGUGGCAGGUCUGAGAUACUAGGCAAGCCAUCAUAUUUUGGUAACAGAUCUCAGUUACAACGCAAGACAUCAUAAUUGGGUAACAGGUCUGAGUUACAGGGGAAGUCAUCAUAUUUUGUUAGCAGGUCUGAGAUACAAGGCAAGUCAUUCUAUUUUGUUAAAUCCUGGUUCGGAACUCCAGAUAUGUUUUCGUGAACACAUGUGGACACAAAUGAUUUUAUAAACACAAAGACAUGAGAAAAAUACAGUUUAAUUAUGCUAAGUUGUUUAACAAAGAUUUCUAAAUUUUUAUUGUUACAACCUUGUUUUAACCUUGAUAAUGUUUAUUUUAAUUCAUUUGUUAAUGCAUAUUCAUAUAGUAAAAAGAAAGUUGCCCCACAAACCAAAGAAAAUUAAAAGACAAAUUUAAAAAAUGAAAAAAUGAAAAACCAUAAAAUUUUUGAGGAAAUAACUCAAUAUGCGAAUUUUUUGUCAUAAAACACCUGAAUGUCAUGCUAUCAAUCUAACGCAUUUCAACAACACUUCAUGAGGACAUAGUAUUUAUAAAUGUAUUAUUUUAUUGUUUAACGAAUUGACCUAUUUUUACAAUAUGAAAGUAUUUUAUAACUUUGACAAGUUUUGUUUCUCGCCUUAUGUUUAUGUUUUUUAAUGUAUACAAUUUCUUUACUUUCUCUAUUCAUAUACAACAGUGGAGAAAGUUUGUUGCGGAAAUGGCUAAAAACCUGUUCUUUGUGUUAGGUGAGUGAAUUAAAAGACGUUUAUUUGCUAUCUGUAUUGUAUUAUGAAUAAAAUGACCACAAAACACUUUUUUCAUUAUCAUCAUGUCCCUUAUUGCAUGGACCUUUGCAUUGCUAACCCCUAGUCCUUGGACCGUUGGAUUGCCACCCCGUAGUCCUUGGACUGUUGGAUUGCCAACCCCUAGUCCUUCGACCGUUGGAUUGCCACCCCUUUUUUCCUUGGAUAGUUGGCUUGCCACCCCCUAAUCCUUGCACCGUUGGAUUGCCACCCCCUAAUCCAUGGACCGUUUGAUUGCCAACCCCUAAUCCGUGGACCGUUUGAUUGCCACCCCAUUGUCCAUUGACUGUUGGAUUACCACCCCAUAGUCCAUCGAUGGCUAAAUUGCCACCCCUAGUCCUUGGACCGUUGGAUUGCCACUCCCAUUCUUUGGACUGUUGGAUUGCCACCCCCUAGUCCUUAGACCGUUGGCUUGCCACCCACUAGUCCUUGGACCGUUGAAUUGUCACCCCCUAGUCCUUGGACAGUUGCUGUGCCACAUGCGAUAUAAAAACUUUUUUUUUUACAUCCUUUAUAUUAAAUUUUGUUUUGCGAUGAAUGGCUGGCAAAAUCUAUGGACGGCCAAUGCACUCGCUUCCCGUCAAGCUUUAGAUCUUUAACUUGGCACGUAGACACUUUGCCGAUGACAUCACAUUCUAUCAAAUUUUCAGCUACACCCUCGUACCCGAAAAUAUCAAUUUUUCCUGUUUUUCAAGGAGAGCAUGAAGGAAAAUUCCCGAUAACAGCGCUAAAUGAGAUUCUUCAAAUAGAACAUAAACAUGCUGUUGAUAUUUCUUUCUUUUGCAUUUCUGAAGUAGUUCGUUAGUAGAAACGGGUGGGUCAUUAGAAUACUGAUAUAGUUCAGGGGCGUGAAAAAAAUGUUGGGGCCUUGUGUGGGGGUGGGGCACUAAAUGGGAUUACUAUAAAGUGAGUUAGCUGUUUGCAUUUUUUGUCAAAUUUUAAUUCCCCCCCCCCCGCCCACAUCUCCCUAUUGCUCGAUGUUACAUUUUAUAAAGGAUUUAAAAAAUGUUGGGGCCUUGUGUGGGGGUGGGGCACUAAAUGGGAUUACUAUAAAGGGAGUUAGCUGUUUUCAUUUUUUUUCAAAUUUUAAUUCCCCCCCCCCCCCGCCCACAUCUCCCUAUUGCUCGAUGUUACAUUUUAUAAAGGAUUUAUACCAAAAAAAAUUGUUUUAAGGGUUGUUUCAUGAAUUAUAAGGUCAUACAUUUAAAAAUAUUAAAAUGUUGCAUCGAUGUUCUUGUGUAACAAAACAAUUAUUACAUACCAUCCCCUUAAAUAGCAUACAAUUUAGAAUAAGUUAUAUUUCUAUUAAGCUGUCAACGAGUACAGAUUCUUGUCAAAACUAUACGCAGGCUUGUAUUUCUUAACAUGUAUUUGGUUAUUGAUGCAUUACAAUAACACUGACCGGUGAUCUAACCUUUUGAUUUACUUUUACCUAGCACUGGCGAUGGUUCUUAUGGAGGCAUAUGGUGAGUACACAUAAGAGUAGACUAUGCAAGUGUAUGUGGGUGGGGGGUAGAGGUCAGUGGGAGUAUACACAUUAUGAUGACAUUGGAACACGGUCGUACACCCCCGUUUUCAACUCUUCCGCUAUGACGUUCUUUGGAUGAAACUUGGUCGUAACAUGACUGCAGAAAUAUGUAAUAUGAAUUCACACAUGUUUUUUUUUUCUAAUAACGUCAUACACUUCAGUACUUACAAAUAAAUAAAAAAAAAUAUUACAGUAAAAAAAAUUACAAAUACUUGUCCAAUGUUCACAUAAACUAAUUAAGUAAAUUAGAUGGGACAAGAAAGUAUAUGAAAACUUACAUCUUCCUUCCUUUCUUAUCUACUUUCGCUUUUUUAUCCCAUCUACAAGAAGGCCAUUUAUCUCGGUCCUGUGCUUUCGUUUCCAGUUGCUUCCAGUUGUAUCCCGUAGCUCGCAUUCUACAUUCAUCUUUGGACUUCCUCUUUUUAUUUUUCCCUGUGGAUUCCAUGUAAGGGUUUGUCUGGUGAUGUUAUCUGUUAGUUUACAAAGAGUGUGCCCUAUCCACCUCCAUCUUUUCCUAAUGAUGUCUUCAGCAAUAGGCUACUGUUAGGUAUUUCCUGUAAGUGUUUUUUGGUGAUGGUGUUUGGUCAUAUGAUAUUCAGAAUCGUUUUUAAGACAAGUGUUUCUUGAGGUCUGAAAUUACUGCAUGGUGCUCAUUAUUGUUCUCAAAUUUUCGUUCCACAAAGUAGGACUGUUUUGACAUUUGUGUUGAAAAUUCUGAAUUUGUUUUUUAGAGCCAGAUUCUUUCACGCCCAUAUUCACUUUAUAUGUUGAUCUAGCUCUGACAUACGCUUUCGAUCCACCGUUUUGGUCUAUAGUGCUGCCUAAAUAUGGGAAGGCAUCCACUUCAUCGAGUGCAUUUCCUACAAAAGAUAUAUGCUCUUGGCGGACUGAGUUUAAAUCUUUUAGUACACAGCAGACAUAUUUUCAUCUUGUUAAAAGAGACAUAGGUGAGUUGGAACAACAACCUACCAUCUCUAUCAUGGGAUGGCUGAGUGAGUAGUAUAGUAAUGUCCACUCAGGUAGAAUUUUGAAGGAGGUUUAGGAGGAAUAGUUAUAUAGGACCUACAAAAGGAGGUAAUUAAGGGGGGAUAAUCACAUAAUUACUUUGUAAUUUUACAAGGAGUGGUUCUCAAGUCGUGUUAUUCUCAAAAUUAAAGACUACAAAGAGGUACCGUUUUGUAUAUAUAUACAUAAUUUAUAUUUAAAUUGCCAAGAAAUUCAUAGUUGCAUCAUCAUUUUUAAGUAUAUAUUAUUAAAUUUUUAAAAUUAUUAAAAGUACAUAUUUUAUCACAGGUAUAGCUUUAUCACAAUUUUUAUUAUGUACAUAUGUAAAUAUUGAUUUAUCAUAGUAUUAUAUACAGAUUUUUCACAAUUUUCAAAUAUUAUAAAGUCGUCAAAUAAAAGUCGCCAAGUCAUACACCUAUUGCUUUGUUUGUUGCACAGGUCUUAAAGCUUCCAAAACUACCUAAAUGUCCAGAGGGGAUGUUGGGACAUUGUCUGCGGCUACCUGUCAUUUUAUAUAGAAAUAGGGGAAUAUUAACUAACCAGCGUUUCUCAUUGUAUGUUAGUCAUAAUGGUUGUUCUUAAUCUUCCUCUUGUCUACUUUGAGGACCGCUUUGGUUCCUAAUUAGAGUUCUUGUAGUGUGCUGUUUAAAUUAGUAGUCUUAGCAGUUAUAUUUUGAAUGGUUUUCAAACUUGAGUUAUUUAUUAUUAGUGAUAAGGGGGAUCUUAUCGAGUGGUUCUCAUUAUGUGAGGGUCCUUUUGUUUGCUAGUUUUUAAAUUAUUAUUAUUAUUGAAUUUUAAUUAGUUUUCUUGUAUAUUUUAAGUGGUUCUCAUAACGUGAGGAUUGAUUUUCUAACGAACGUUUCUCAUUGUGUGUUAGUCAUAAGGGUGUUUUCUUCUUUUAAAAUACUUCCUUUGUGACAUGAUAAGGUUAUUUAAGUUCAUUGAAGGCUACUCAGGGUUUGGUUAGUGGUGAUAAAGGUGGGUGUUUUUGUUUCUUUUUUACUUCUUGUUUUUUGUGAUCGUUUAAUAUGGCGAUUUUUAGUGGGUGUUCUUCUUUUUUGUAAGGUUUAAUUAACUUUAUCGAUCGGUUCUCAUACUUGGGUUAAGGGGGGCGGUAGUGUAUUUUUUUUUUUGUUGAAAUUGUAUGUGUUAAGGGGAUGCUAAUGAAUGGUCUUGUUGGUUACAUGUUUAUUUUCGUUAGUUGGUUGUCAAGCUCGGUUUAGAGUUUACAACUCAGAAGAGCGGGUUGUAGUAUGUUUGGUGGUUCUCAUAGCGUGGGAGGUAUCAGGGUUUUUUUUCUUUUUAAAAUACAUGUUUUGUGACAUGAUACGGUUAUCUAUUUUUAUUGGGAGCUAAUCAAAUAUUUCUGAUUUUGAGUGGUUCUCGUUGUGUGGGUGGUAUAAUGGUGUUUUCUUCUUUUUCAAAUACAUGUUUUGUAACAUGAUACGGUUAUUUAGUUUUAUUUAGGAAGGCCUCUGGAUUCCUACCGUCGGCCCCCACCCUACUACUCGGACACGUGACCAUCAAGUAAGCUACUGUCUCCUCUUCCUGUCCGCAUAACCGGCACAAUGGUUCCCUUCUGUUGUCAUGUCGAUGGAGAUAGCUGCGCGUCGAGCAGUGUCCAGUCCUCAUCUGAGUGAUAAGGCUUUGUUCUCCACGACGAAGUUCCCACCUGGGGUCGCUCUUGCUCGGGCGCUGCAUUCUCUGGUCAAGCUGUCGUCCAGUGGCCGCCGUGUCCCACCUUCUGUGCCAUUUGUCCUUGAAAUGGUCUUUGAUCCAAGCCGUGACUCCCAGCUGAGUCAUCGGCUUGUCUGGUUGAGGUAGGGCCGCGCCUUCUUUGGCUAGGAAGUCUGCCCUGUCAGGAAGCGACACCUCCCAGUGCGAAGCGAUGAACUGUAAGACUACCUUAGAGCCUUUCGCAUAGAUAUUGCCUACUGUCUCCAAAAUGGCUGUGACCAUUUUUGAUCCCACCGAGCUCCCCCCCCCCCCCAAUGUGUUCAAGAGCUGACCGAGAGGCGGUGAAGACCACUACGUCCGGGGAGGGUUUUCUUUUCGCUAGCCAUUGGUGGACCCUUUUAAGACCAUUUUUGAACCCACCGGGCCCCCCCCCCCCCCCAAUGUGUUCAAGAGCUGAACGAGAGUCGGUGAAGACCACUACGUCCGGGAAGGGUUUUCUUUUCGCUAGCCAUUGGUGGACCCUUUUAAGAGCUACCAGUAUCGCCUCAAUUUCCGCAUCGAUGCUCUUUGCAUUGCUUCCGCUUGGGCCAGAUAGCUCUUCGGGUGGGGCUAUCUCUGCGGGAUACUGGAUAAGGACACCGUAGCCACUACGCUUUUCCCUCGCAAAGCACGAGCCGUCCAUGAAGAGUUUAACCAGACUGUCCUGGUAAGUGUUAAUCGUGUUACGUACAGCCUCUGAGGGUUCUGGUUGAGGAAUGUUUUUGUUUACAUUGGUGGUAAUCAUGUCUAGUCGAAUGUCUGGUCGGGAUAGGCUUUUGUGAGGUCCCCGCGCGGGGAUCACUUUCAGUUUCUCCCUGUUUCAGGGUAAAAUUACGUCUUUUUCGAGACUGUGCGCCGUGUCCAUGAAGGAUGGUCUCUUCAAUCUGGACUUUUUUACCCAAUAGUCUUGCAGUUGGAAACAGGGUUUUUCUCUUUCCAUGAGCCGGAACCGUUCCACCGUCGUAAGGACUGCCUUUUCCCGCCUGACCUCGAGCGGUUUGACAUUUGACAUGACUUCCACAGACGACGUGGGCGUGGUUCGCAUUGCUCCGCAUACAAACCUUAGAGCUCGGUUUUGGAUGAGGUCCAGUUCCUCCAGAGCCGUGUGACUCGCGAAGGUUUGGACAGGCAAACUGUAGCCCAUGGCCCCCCUCACACUGCUGAGAUAGAGCCAUCUCAGCAGCCUUGCGUCUGCGCCCCAUCUAGUGCAGGCCAAAUUUUUCACCAGACCCAGUUUUUGUGAAGCUUUAGCACACAGUUCGUGUACAUGGUUGUGAAGUCGGAGUUUCUGGUCCAACUUCACACCCAAGUAAACUGGUGUCCUGUCCCAUACCAGAUCUUUUCCGUUUAUGGAGAGUUUUACAUCGACCUUAAGCGCCUUUCUUCCGUUCGUGAACUUAGAGUAAACCGUCUUCUCGGUGUUCACAAUCAUUUUCCACCUUCUCGCAUAGUCUUCGAUGCUAUGCAGAUAAUUUUGCAGCCGGUUCUGCAGAUGGUUGAUGUCUUUACCAAGGUCCAAAUUACUAAAUUAUCCGCGAACAUCGCGUUAUCGGAAACGAAGCCCUCUUGCAAGUCGUAAACGUACGCCAGGAACAGGGUGCAGCUGAGGGCGGAUCCCUGGGGGAGUCCGUCCUCCAGAGCAAGCCACCUCGACAAACUAUUACCAACCAGGUUGACAAUGGUUCUGUUCCUGAGAAAGUCCGUCAGCCACGCGGACAUUUUGCCAGAAAUCCCCAGUUCCUGGAACUUAUACAUGAGGCCUGCGCGUCACACGUGGUCGUACGCUUGCUUGAGGUCAAAGAAAACUGCAACCGUGUGAUUUUUCUUUUAAAGCUCGUUGCUCAUGGACUGAACAAGACAGAUCACCUGAUCCUUGGGUUGGCGACCCUUACGGAAGCCACCUUGCGUCGGUGGUAGGCACUUAUUACUCUCCAAAAACCAGUAAAGUCGCCCAUUUACCAUUCGCUCGGCCACUUUUCCCACACAAGACGUUAACGAUAUCGGCCUAUAGCUACUUGGUAAAUGGCCUGGUUUACCUUCCUUUGGUACGGGAACCACUAUGGCCUGCUUCCACACUUUCGGUAAGAUACCUGUAGUCCAAGUUCGGUUUAUGAGAGCCAGCAGAAGUUCUCUUACUUGUUUACCCAGAUUGGUUAACAUUUCAUUGUGAACUUUAUCGGGACCUGAUGCUUUCGCUGCCAAACACUUAUCUAGUGUGCUACGCAAUUCUUCCAUUGUGAAGGGUGUUGUGAAAAUCUCAGUGUGGGGUCCAGUGCGCUGGAUACGAGAACCCCUUUUCCUGAGACGGCGGACCUCUCGGUGCUCUUGGGUCUCUCUUGCCUUCUUGUUCACUUUGGCGAAGUGAGCAUAGAGCACUUGUGCCCUUUUUGCGUCACUCGCCUCACGCCUUUCUCUGUCAGUAUUGAUUGCGGGUUUUUUGCUUUUCCUGCCUCAGAGAGACUUCCUAGCAGAUUCCACACUUUCCGGCCGUCCUGGAGAUCGAGCUUUUCACAUGCACUUAUCCACUUCCAUUUUUUCGCCUUUUGGACAGCUGCCCGGACUUCGGCCGUAAGUUGAUUGUAGCCUUCACAAGCAGCAGGCGUUUUCUUUCUCGGGGCUUCUUGCCGGGCUUUUGCUCUUCGCUUCACGAGUUUUCCCAGCUCUUUGUUCCAAAAAGGCUUGUACGGCUGCUUCUCGUUCGUUCUCGGGAUCGUCUUACGGGUGAUCUCGAGGAUUGUACUAUUAAAUUUCUCGACAGCAACAUCUACGUCUGAGUCGGCCACGUCGACUGCUAUAAUUUUGAGCUUGUUCUCGCAUUGACUUUCAAAAUUUCCCCCAGCUGGCUUUCCGGAAGAGCCAUUGGCGUUUUUCGCACUUGGUUUUGGCGUGACCUAAGCCAAUCUCGAGUAAAAGGGGAAGAUGGUCACUCCUGAUUUCUUCCAGGACUUUAAGAUUCUGAUGUCCCGCGAGAUCAGCGGACACGAGCUUCAGAUCUGGCCGUGAUUCCAUUCCGGGGCCGUAGUGAAGAAAAGUGGGCGCACUCUUUUCGUCCUGGAGUCUCAUAAGAUUGGUCUCAAGACAGACCUCUUCCACGUGCUUACCCGAGACGUUCCUCUCAGGAUAACUCCACAUGGCGGAUUUGGCAUUGAAAUCUCCUGUAAUAAUAGUCCUUUUAAAAAUCGUCUCCCUGUGAGUGGGGAUCGUGAUCACAUUGCUUGGAGAAUUGUAAACGUUCAUCACGGCGAACGUGUUCCCACACUUGGUGACUUUUACCGACAACGUGUCAGUAUUCAAAUAACGUCUGGACUCAAUGACCUCCACCGCGAGGUCACUUCUAACCACUGUGGUAUUGCCUUGGCAGCGGUCAAACUUACAAUGGUAGAGUGAGUAACUAGUAAUGUGAAACGGCUUGCCGUGCAGCAACAUCUUUUGAAAGAGCCCUACGUCCACGUUACGUUCGUGGAGUAAUUUGGUUACUUCGUGUGAUUUCUGCCUGAUACCACACACAUUCAACUGGAGAACAACCAGGGAAUGUUUUGAGUGUCACGUCCCACCCUUUCGGUCUCGAACAGUAACUUGAUGGCCUCGCGCGCGCCUGUCAAGCGUCACACGCACGAGAGGGGACGCUUUCCCCAUGGGGACAUCCGUGGGGAGGGGAUGCAGUCCACGCACCGCAUCUGUAGCCAUACUCGGUCCCUACCAGCCUCCCAGCAGUGGGUAUCGAGGGCGUUUCAAGACCACAUCUGUAGCCGUACUCGGUCCCAACCAGCCUCCCAGCAGUGUGUAUCGAGGGCGUUUCAAGACCACAUCUGUAGCCGUACUCGGUCCCACCCAGCCUCCCAGCAGUGGGUAUCGAGGGCGUUUCAAGACCACAUCUGUAGCCGUACUCGGUCCCACCCAGUCUCCCAGCAGUGGGUAUCGAGGGCGUUUUGAGGAAGCCCUCGGUCUGCGGGGAAGGAUCUUUUCCAAACCCCGCCAGUCGAACCUGCGUAAAGGAUUUAGACGUAUCCAUGAGUAAUAGUAGUUUGGGCAGAAAUCUUCCCCUCAUUGAGGGAGGAGGUUUUCCGUCGCCCCCCCCCGCCCCCUUGCCCAGUGAGGCUUUCGGUCAGGACGUUACGAGUAGUUGUCAUCUUUGGCUUCGGGAUUUGAAUCUGUACUAGUCUUCCGCGCCGCGAAGAGGCAGAUCACGUGAGACACCGCCGCGAGCUUUGGCGAUGUGGCUUUCCCAACUUAGAGCUAAAAGGGAAACGUCGAAGUAAAUAUUCAACUAACUAACUUACUUAAGAAAAUCAGCGAACACCGAGCCUUGAGGCUCAUAUGGUCCUCCCAAGCGCACCACCCCGCCAACCAAACCAGCCGUCAACCACUCCCUCAGUUGUCUUUAGUCCGAUCGGGCCGCGAAGCCCCUAAAUAUUCAACUAAAACAUUCUAUUAACAGAAAUACUUUAUGGACAUUUAGAAUAGAUCAAAAUGAUCAACUUGUUGAUAAGUCUUCAAGUUCAAACGCUCUUUAUUUUUAUUUUUUUUUCGAAAAUUCACAAUUGAAAUAAAAUAAAAGAUCACACCUUCACGUGCCCCUACUCAACUACCGUAAAUGUUAUGUAACGUUGUCCAGGCUUCAACCCCUCCUGUCCCAAAUUGUUUCUGCUUAAAUCUGUAGACCACUUGAAAUCUUUAGAAAGUUUUUACGACCUCUACUUGUUUCAUACGUGGUUUUACAGAAUUAUGUUGCUUUUCUUUGUUUAAAGUCCUUUAAAUUAACUUGGCUUUAGUUUGUGGCCGGCUGACUGGCUUGAAGGGGGACUGGCAAAAUCUUCGGACGGCUAAUUGACCCACUUCCCGACAGUCUAAUAAGUCGAAACUUGGCACAUAGACUCGUUGCUGACGACAGAAUAUUCGUUCACAUUUUCAGCCCCACCCCAAGCCCCAUAACCACCAAUUUUUUGUCAAGGGGAAGAAGAAGGAAAUACGAUGACACUGAUUUCACAAUACGAAAUUCCCGAUAGCUGCGCUACUUCAGAUUUGGUUUUGUUUUAAAUAUCGCAAAUGCGUUUGGUGCGUAAUAUUUUUUUUUUUUUUUACUGAAAUGGUUGUGAAAUAAAUCUGCUCUUAAAAAGCGAAUGGCUUAUUAGAUUAUUAAUAUGUUUCAGGGGCGUUAAUAAAUGUGCGGUUGCGUGCCUUUGGAAUCUUACAAAGUACGUUUCAUGUUUUGGCAAAUUUUCAGUCCCACCCAAUAUUACUCGAUAUUACAUUAAAGGAUUUAUUCGAAAAAACUAUGUUUUAUGUCUUCUUAAAGUUCCCACCCUUUCGUCAGUCCGGAGAAAACGCCAAUCAUAAUUGACAAUACGUGACAAUAAUUUUUGCUUUACUUAGACAAUUCGGUAUCUGAAUCGUGGCUUUAAUUAAGCUUUUCAGUAUCCGAAUCGUGGCUUUAAUUCAGAUUUUAGAAUCUUAAUCAUGGUUUUAAUUCAGCUAGUAGUAUCUAAUGCGUUGCUUUAAUUCAGCUCUUAGUAUCUAAAGCAUGGCUUGAAAUAAAACUUUGAAUCAUGGCUUUAAUUCAGCCUUUCGGCAUCUGAACCAUGGCUUUAAUUCAGCCUUUCGGUAUCUGAAUCAUGGCUUUAAUUAGCUUUUAGUAUCUGAAUCAUGGUUUUAAUUCAGCCUUUCGGUAUCUGAAUCAUGGCUUUAAUUAGCUUUUAGUAUCUGAAUCAUAGCUUUAAUUCAGCCUUUCUAUAUCUCAAUCAUGAUUUUAAUUCAGCUUUUAGUGUCUGAAUCAUAGCUUUAAUUCAGCCUUUCUAUAUCUCAAUCAUGAUUUUAAUUCAGCUUUUAGUGUCUGAAUCAUAGCUUUAAUUCAGCUUUUAGUAAUUGAAUUAUGGAUUUACUUCAGCUUUUAGUAUCUGAAUCAUGGCUUUAAUUCAGCUUUUAGUAUCUGAAUCAUGGCUUUAAUUAGCUUUUAGUAUCUGAACCAUGGCUUUAAUUUGCUUUUAGCAUCUGAAUCAUGGCUUUAAAUUAGCUUUUAGUAUCUGAAUCAUGGCUUUAAUUCAGCUUUUAGUAUCUGAAUCAUGGCUUUAAUUAGCUUUUAGUAUCUGAAUCAUGGCUUUAAUUAGCUUUUAGUAUCUGAAUCAUGGCUUUAAUUCAGCCUUUCGGUAUCUGAAUCAUGGCUUUAAUUCAGCUUUUCGGUAUCUGAAUCAUGUCUUUAAAUCAGCUUUUAGUAUCUGAAGUAUGACUUUUAAUUAACCUUUGGUAUCUGAAUCAUGGCUUUAAUUCAGCUUUCAGUAUGAGAAGCGUGGCUUUAAUUCAGCCUUUCGAUUUCCGAUUCUUCCGUUAAAGUCUAACCACAUAAAUCUGUCUUUCGGGUUUUUUUCAUAAAAUUUGAAACGACUAAUGUAUAUUUGAAAUGACAUGAGAUAUUCCUGUACAGGGUAAACCUUUUAGGUCUUUAGGAUUCAGAUAACUUUGGCGAGCAUAUCGUGAGAUUUGAUGGGUUAAAAUUAAGAUCGUCAUGGUAUUAUUUUCAUGAAAGUAACUGGGAUCUUCUAGCGUAAGUCAAAAUGGAUUAAUAAACAUGUAUUGUUAACAUUAUCUUUGCAUUAAUGUAGCAAUGGAUCCUGGAAGUGGAGCUGGAAGUGGAGCUGGAAGUGGAGCUGGAAGUGGAGCUGGAAGUGGAGCUGGAAGUGGAGCUGGAGCUGAUAUAACUUCACCAGCAGCUGAAUCACUAACAACAGUGGCUGGACCAACUACAACAGUGGCUGGACCAACUACAACAGUGGCUGAAGCAACUACAACAGCGGCUGGAGCAACUACAACAUCGGCUGGAGCAACUACAACAGUGGCUGGAGCAACUACAACAGCGGCUGGACCAACUACAACAGCGGCUGGAGCAACUACAACAGUGGCUGGAGCAACUACAAUGACACAAAGUAAUUUCAACAUAUUUCUUUCCUAUUCUCAUGAAUCUUUUCAGUCUAGUGUUUGACACUCUCGUUGCAAUAUUAUUAGCAUUACCCUGGUAAGGGAUAAUUUAAAGAUAUAUGUUCAUACAUCUUUCAGUUGCACUAUAUUAUUAGCAUUACUUUGGUAAAAGAUCAUUUAACGAUAUAUGUUCAUACAACUUUUAGUUGUACAGUGAGUCAGAUUUAUGAACCAAUAAAGAAAAACACAUUUAAAAAAAGCAAAAUUAAUAUAAAGGCCAAACAAAUUUUGUUUAAAUUGGGACAAGUCUCAAAAGAAAAGAAGACUGGAAGGAGGUUGGAAGUACAAUUAAAAACGAAACGGGAAAAAGACGUGGCUGCUUAAAAAAAAAAGUAAUUUUGUUUAUACCGUAAAGAGUGAACGUAAAAAAUAAUAAAUAUAUUUGGUUUCCAUGUACAUUCUGUCUGAUGUAUUACUCUCAUAAACUAUACCAUUAAAUGCAAUGUCUAAUGUCAUAGACAGAAGAGUUAAAUUUGAUGACAUAGAGAAUAGAGGGGAAUCUAACGACAUAGAGAGUAGAGGGGAAUCUAGCGACAUAGAGAGUAGAGGGGAAUCUAACGACAUAGAGAGUAGAGGGGAAUCUAACGACAUAGAGAAUAGAGGGGAAUCUAACGACAUAGAGAGUAGAGGGGAAUCUAACGACAUAGAGAGUAGAGGGGAAUCUAACGACAUAGAGAAUAGAGGGGAAUCUAACGACAUAGAGAGUAGAGGGGAUCUGAUGACACAGAAUAGUGGGGGAUCUGAUGACACAGAGAGUUGGGUGGAUCUUAUGACACAGAAUAGUUGGGGAUCUGAUGACACAGAGAGUUGGGGGGAUCUGAUGACACAGAAUAGUGGGGGAUCUGAUGACACAGAGAGUUGGGGGGAUCUGAUGACACAGAAUAGAGGGGGAUCUGAUGACACAGAGAGUUGGGGGGAUCUGAUGACACAGAAUAGUGGGGGAUCUGAUGACACAGAGAGUUGGGGGGGGAUCUGAUGACACAGAAUUGUGGGGGAUCUGAUGACACAGAGAGUUGGGUGGAUCUUAUGACACAGAAUAGUGGGGGAUCUGACGACACAGAGAGUUGGGGGGAUCUGAUGACACAGAAUAGUGGGGGAUCUGAUGACACAGAGAGUUGGGGGGAUCUGAUGACACAGAAUAGUGGGGGAUCUGAUGACACAGAGAGUUGGGUGGAUCUUAUGACACAGAAUAGUGGGGGAUCUGAUGACACAGAGAGUUGGGGGAUCUGAUGACACGGAGAAUAAAAGGAAAUCUAACGACUGCAAAGAUUGAAAUAGUUUCCUGUUAAUCUACAUUAAAUCAUGAUAUCAUCUACCUACCCGUCCAAUGUUUCGUCGUUAUUAAGUUUGUAUUAAUUAACUGUCACUUAAGUGUUGUCAAUCACUGUAACAAACUUGACUCUAUUUAUUGUGACAUAGUUCAUAACACAACCUCUCACUUAUUCCAUUGCUGAUACAUGUUUCAAAAUAGUUAUUGCCCCUAAUUUGAUGGUGAUUGCUGUAGGAACUGCUCAUUGCUGCCAAAUACAAUCAGGGACUGGAACAAGCUUCCAAAAGGAGCAGUUGAGGUGACACUUGACGCAUUUGUGUUUAGUGCCUCAAAACCUUCCAACCCCCAGUGCGAGAUACCUUUACUAAGUAGCCCUUGCAACCAGUGAAAUAUCCUCAUUAACACCUGACACAGAAACAUUGCAAAUACAUUCUACAUGCAUAGGAGCAAUAAUGAUCAAUAAAUUGAUUGUUGGCCCUUAAUAUAUAGAAGCAGAAGAAUAAUUUGAUGGUGAUAGCUAUUUAGUUUAAUGGUGAUUGCUGCUUAAUUUGAUGGUUACUGCUGUUUAAUUUUCUGGUGAUUGAUGUUUAAUUUUAUGGCGAUUGCUGUUUAAUUUUUUGGUGAUUGCUGUUUAAUUUGAUGGUGAUUGCUGUUUAAUUUGAUGGUGAUUGCUGUUUAAUUUGAUGGUGAUUGCUGUUUAAUUUGAUGGUGAUUGCUGUUUAAUUUGAUGGUGAUUGCUGUUUAAUUUGAUGGUGAUUGCUGUUUAAUUUGAUGGUGAUUGCUGUUUAAUUUGAUGGUGAUUGCUGUUUAAUUUGAUGGUGAUUGCUGUUUAAUUUGAUGGUGAUUGCUGUUUAAUUUGAUGGCGAUUGCUGUUUAAUUUGAUGGUGAUUGCUGUUUAAUUUGAUGGCGAUUGCUGUUUAAUUUGAUGGUGAUUGCUGUUUAAUUUGAUGGUGAUUGCUGUUUAAUUUGAUAGCAAUUGCUGUUUAAUUUGAUGGUGAUUGCUGUUUAAUUUGAUGGUGAUUGCUGUUUAAUUUGAUGGUGAUUGCUGUUUAAUUUGAUGGCAAUUGCUGUUUAAUUUUUUGGUGAUUGCUGUUAAAUUUGAUGGUGAUUGCUGUUUAAUUUUUUGGUGAUUGCUGUUUAAUUUGAUGGUGAUUGCUGUUUAAUUUUUUGGUAAUUGCUGUUUAAUUUGAUGGUGAUUGCUGUUUAAUUUGAUGGUGAUUGCUGUUUAAUUUGAUGGUGAUUGCUGUUUAAUUUUUUGGUGAUUGCUGUUUAAUUUGAUGGUGAUUGCUGUUUAAUCUGAUGGUGACUGCUGUUUAGUUUGAUGGUGAUUGCUGUUUAAUUUGAUGGUGAUUGCUGUUUAAUUUGAUGGUGAUUGCUGUUUAAUUUGAUGGUGAUUGCUGUUUAAUUUGAUGGUGAUUGCUGUUUAAUUUGAUGGUGAUUGCUGUUUAAUUUGAUGGUGAUUGCUGUUUAAUUUGAUGGUGAUUGCUGUUUAAUUUGAUGGUGAUUGCUGUUUAAUUUGAUGGUGAUUGCUGUUUAAUUUGAUGGUGAUUGCUGUUUAAUUUGAUGGUGAUUGCUGUUUAAUUUGAUGGUGAUUGCUGUUUAAUUUGAUGGUGACUACUGUUUAAUUUGAUGGUGAUUGCUGUUUAAUUUGAUGGUGAUUGCUGUUUAAUUUGAUGGUGACUGCUGUUUAAUUUGAUGGUGACUGCUGUUUAAUCUGAUGGUGAUCGCUGUUUAAUUUGAUGGUGAUUGCUGUUUAAUCUGAUGGUGAUCGCUGUUUAAUUUGAUGGUGACUACUGUUUAGUUUGAUGGUGAUUGCUGUUUAAUUUGAUGGUGACUGCUGUUUAAUUUGAUGGUGAUUGCUGUUUAAUUUGAUGGUGAUUGCUGUUUAAUUUGAUGGUGACUGCUGUUUAAUUUGAUGGUGACUACUGUUUAGUUUGAUGGUGAUUGGUGUUUAAUUUGAUGGUGAUUGGUGUUUAAUUUGAUGGUGAUUGGUGUUUAAUUUGAUGGUGAUUGCUGUUUAAUUUGAUGGUGAUUGCUGUUUAAUUUGAUGGUGAUUGCUGUUUAAUCUGAUGGUGAUUGCUGUUUAAUUUGAUGGUGAUUGCUGUUUAAUUUGAUGGUGAUUGCUGUUUAAUUUGAUGGUGAUUGCUGUUUAAUUUGAUGGUGAUUGCUGUUUAAUUUGAUGGUGAUUGCUGUUUAAUUUGAUGGUGAUUGCUGUUUAAUUUGAUGGUGAUUGCUGUUUAAUUUGAUGGUGAUCGCUGUUUAAUUUGAUGGUGAUUGCUGUUUAAUUUGAUGGUGAUUGGUGUUUAAUUUGAUGGUGAUUGCUGUUUAAUUUGAUGGUGAUCGCUGUUUAAUUUGAUGGUGAUUGCUGUUUAAUUUGAUGGUGAUUGGUGUUUAAUUUGAUGGUGAUCGCUGUUUAAUUUGAUGGUGAUUGCUGUUUAAUUUGAUGGUGAUUGGUGUUUAGUUUGAGAAAUUCAAAUUAAUUACUUUUCUUUCCUUUACUUCACAGAUGGUGUCAGUUUCUUGUUCACUUCCACGGCUACACUGAUUUCCUCUUCACUGGCCCACUUCAUAAGAUAGACAUUUUAUUAUGAAUAAACAAACUUAUUAAUCUUAUUAUAGUAUUGUGACAAUAUCAGCUUUAUAAGAUAAUAAUUCCCGUUUGACAAUUUUGUAAAGAUUAAACUACUAACGUGCACCAAUUUUUUUUUUAUAACGCAACGACUCCAAUGUGAAGAUUUUUAUAUUUGAAAUGUGAUGUGUGUUAUUUGAGUUGUCUGUGUCACAUCGGUGAUGUUUAUCUCUUGUACAUUCUAGAAAUGACAACUUUAAUUCAUUACGGUAAUGAUCAAAUUUGAAUUUAAUGGUUACCUCGGAUGGUGGUGAUUUGUUUAGCCUGUGAAUGAAAAGGUGAGCAGAUGAAUUCAAACAAGCGUAAGCCUUUUGGCUUACAUUACCAUUUAUUAUGUAUAUAUUGCAUGUGUUAUCAAUUAUAUUUUUAUUUAUAAUUUUGAAUUUUUAAAACUAAUUUUUUUUUAUCUUCAAAACAUUACAUCAACUUGAUAAAACGAUUUAAACUACCUUAUACGUGGCGUUUAAAAAAAAUAUGUUUAAUUAUUUAAUGACAUCAUGUAACAAGAAAACGCUGUGAUAUUAUAACG